UUGACUCAUCAAAUUAUAAGAUGGCAUCACCAAAAUGUUGUUUCAGAGGCAUUUUCACAAAACACAAACACGAUGCACAAACACAAAGUCAUAAACUAAAGUCAAUGUAUGGACAGGGAGGGAGAGAGAGAGAGUAGAGAGAGAGAGAGAGAGAGAGAGAGAGAGAGAGUUUCCUUCAGAAGAUGAGGGGAGGGGGUUACUUACAUACAGAGCUUCAACCACCAAGACAUCAAAGUGGACACAGUGAUGAGGACUGCGAUGCUCCAACGUCACAAACCAACUCUGCUGAGAUUCGCUUUAAAGACGUGAGCGCCGACUUUUGGAUUCCGCUGUAAUUCAAAAAUAGACAAACAAUUCACAAAAGAUAACUUUGACGGAGUGAGUUGGCAGAUUCAUUGCACAGGACAGACGCGACUCACACAUUGGGUAUAUCAGUCCUGAAUCUGAGUCGGUGAUGUGACUGCUGGCUGCGCCAAAGUGGCGCUUUUACGCACGAUGGAGGACAUUUUACGCGAGCGGGAUGGUUGGGCGCAGAAUGUUUCGUGGGACAUCUCGAGUCGCGGGAACGAAAGCCAUCUGGGAAACACCACAGUGAAUCCCUUAAAACGAAAUGAAGAAGUGGCCAAAGUGGAAGUGACCGUCUUGGUCCUGGUGCUGCUGCUCGCGCUGACCGGCAACCUGUGCGUCCUGUGGGCUAUCCACACCAGCAAGCACGGCCAGCCUCGGAUGUACUACUUCAUGAAGCACCUGAGCAUCGCCGACCUCGUCGUCGCGGUCUUCCAGGUCUUGCCGCAGCUCAUCUGGGACAUCACGUUUCGCUUCUACGGCUCGGAUUUGCUGUGCAGGCUGGUGAAAUACCUCCAGGUCGUGGGCAUGUUUGGGUCCACCUACAUGCUGGUCCUGAUGUCCGUCGACAGGUGCGUCGCCAUCUGCCAACCCCUUCGCUCCUUGCACAAGGGAAAGGACCGCUUCUGCGUGAUCGCCUCUUGGAUGCUCAGCCUGAUAUUCAGCACUCCUCAAGCGUACAUAUUCUCCCUGAGGGAGGUCGGCAACGGCGUGUAUGACUGCUGGGGCGACUUCGUACAACCGUGGGGCGCCAAAGCGUACAUCACAUGGAUGAGUCUCAGCAUUUACAUCCUGCCGGUGGGGAUUUUGAGCGUCUGCUACGGUUUGAUAUGCUUCAAAAUUUGGCAGAAUUUCAAUUUGAAAACCAGGAGGGGGGGCCACUUCCUGGCUCUGGCCCCGAAGGCCUCCAAAGGCGCCCAGCAUCCCCUCUCUCGCGUGAGCAGCGUGAAGCUCAUCUCAAAAGCAAAGAUCCGCACAGUGAAGAUGACCUUUGUGGUGGUCCUUGCCUACAUCGUGUGCUGGACUCCCUUCUUCUUCGUCCAGAUGUGGUCCGCGUGGGAUCCUGCUGCACCAAGAGAAGACAUGGCCUUUAUAAUUGCCAUGUUGCUGGCCAGUCUCAACAGCUGUUGCAACCCCUGGAUCUACAUGUUCUUUGCCGGUCACCUGUUCCACGACCUGACGCGGUGCUUCUUCUGCUGCGGUCGACAGCACUUGACGGACUCCUCGUGCGGCUGCGAUCAACACUGCAGGCACAAGAGAAAAAACGGCUCCGCUCACGUCUUCAAGGCCACCAGCAGCCAGCGGAGCCUCACGCACACGUCCAGCAACGGGGGGGCGGCACACUGAAAAGCCAGCUGACUGUCAUCCGAGAGGCCAAAAUGUAGUCAAGCGUGCAAUUCCCACUGUGAGGCAUUUGAUUAUCUGCAGCAGUGCUCUGGCGGCCACUGCAGCGUGUUUGUUUUCAGAUGUUUUAAACGGCGACAAAUAGACAACAUAAACCCGUUUCCAAGCUACAUCUGGCGGUAGUUUAAAUCUUUGAGGAAUGGAUGCCAUUUGCUUUACAAAAACAUCUCCUUUCCUUUUGGACUCUCUUUGCUCCAGAGUCCUGCAUACACAGUGUUUCUCUUAUGUUGUAGGAUUUUUGCAUUUCAACAUAUAGCCGCUGCUUUUCUGUAUAAACAACCAUGACCAUAUACUUUUGUCCUUUAGUCUUAAAUCUUAAAGGCUCGUUCCAGCAGUUGUUGUCCUGACUUUGACCUUAAAAGACGAGCAAUUAUCACAUUUUGAAAAAGGAGAUUGUGUCUUAUAGAAAGCAACGCAAAAUGUCCUAAUUUUGUUGCCCUGUAAUGAUUGUUUACCCCUUUAAAACAGCAGUAGUUUUUGUACAAGCAUUUUAUAGCCAUGUUAUUCUAUCCUCUGUGUGAUUAAAUCAAAAAUGAUGCAUGAAUAAAAAUUAGUGGUUCCCUCUUGUGGCCACACAGAUAGUCUUACUUUUCUACCCGGUGUCACUGGCUUUAGGAUACGUAUAUAUAAAGUUUCCGUGUCAUGAUCGUA